AUAGUGUGGAACGAAGGGAAACGGAGAUUCGAGACGGAGGAUCACGAAGCUUACAUAGAGUACAAGAUGAGAAACAACGGCAAAGUGAUGGAUCUGGUCCAUACCUACGUUCCUUCCUCCAAACGAGGAUUAGGUUUAGCUUCUCAUCUCUGCGUCGCUGCUUUCGAACACGCCUCCUCUCACUCCAUCUCCGUCGUCCCUUCCUGCUCCUACGUUUCGGUACGUUAAUUUUAGAAA